AUGCGGGCGGCGCUGCGGCAGCACUUCGACCGGGCGCGGCGGGCGCUCCGCGUCUCCGAGGCGGCUCCGCGGCCGCGCUGCGUCGGGCCCGGCUCCGCCCCGUCCCCGCGGUGCUGGAGCUGCGGCGGCGCUCUCUCCGGCGUCGAUGCGGUGCCGCACUUCUGCCCCCGCUGCCGGGCCCUGCAGCCGCCGGAGCCUCGGCCCGACCUCUUCCGUCUCAUGGAGUGUGAGCGCUCCUUCCGCCUCGACGCGCAGCGGCUGCAGCGGCGGUUCCGGAGCCUUCAGCGCGCGCUGCACCCCGACCGCUUCGGCCGCAGACCGGCGCAGGAGCAGCACUACUCGGAGCAGCACUCCUCCCUCAUUAACAAGGCCUACCAGACGCUGCUGCACCCCCUGAGCCGCGGCCUCUACCUGCUGGAGCUGAACGGGGUGGAGCCGGCACAGGAGACGGACUGUGAUGCAGAUUCGGAGUUUCUCAUGGAAAUCAUGGAAAUCAAUGAGAAAUUAGCAGAGCCUAAGAACGAUGAGAUCCUUGGAGAAAUAGAAACUUUAAUUAAAGAUAGACAAGAAGAACUGACCAAAGAGGUGACUGCAGCUUUUGAAAGAGAUGACCUACAGGAAGCUAAGAAGCUUCUAGCCAAAAUGAAGUACUUUGCAAACUUAGAGGACAAACUAAAGAACAAGAAGAUCCCUUCCUGAUAGUGCCUCCUUUA